CUUAGCUUGCAGGCGUGUCUGACGUCGUUCGGCUGUCCAGCUGGUUCUUCUAUCCUUUUACCGCCAACAUUUCUGACCAGCAAUGCCGCCCAUCGCACCUUUUAAAGCCUGAAAUCCCACAUAAACUUUGCCUAUCCUUUGCCUUGUGUUCGAAAUGUGGUAGCAUCAAUGCACGCGUCUUCUAUGCGCGUGAUUCGGCGCAGGUUAGUGGACGAUGGUGGUAUGUCGUUGACUCCUCGAGGCGCAUGCUACAUGUACGGCACACUACAUGAAAUGAGGAUCAACCCAUUCACUCUCUCCCUCUCUCUCUCAUCGUAUCGCCUUUUCCCCCAGAAUCUGGAACAGUCGUUCUGAUUCAAGUUUCAUGCCAUCUUCCAGUGGCAGCGCCAAACUACGCAAGUCCUCGCGGCUGUCAGUUAACGGAGGUCGACAACUAAUUGGCUCUGUUCAUUGGAUGUUCAGCAACACAGCUCGUCGCCGUGAAUCGUACCUACCUACUGAAAUUCAAAAGCGAAGUUUUUUCGGCAUGGGGGAAAUUAUCGGUGUACUCACUAAUCCUGCGGAAACUGUGCGCUCCCUGACCGAGUCCAAACGUCUUCUUGAUGAAGCCCGCCGGGAAAUCAAUGAGAACCGCGAGCGAGCCCAAAUCAGAACGAAACACACAUUCUCUAGGCUUCCGGGUUUUUUCCCUAGAAAGGCAGAGAUCCGUGCCAUUGAACGUGCUUUAGAAGGCGAUCCUUCCUUCACCAUCCUUUUUGGAGCAAGCUCCGUAGGCAAGACAGCCCUACUGCGUGAAAUUCUCUCACGGGAUACAUUUCAUGUCCUGCACUUUGAUCUCAGGAUGGCAGGAUUUGCCGAUCUGCAUAGCUUAUACAUGAGCCUCAGUCAUCAAAUGGAACAGUACUUUGAAGAGAUAGCUGAAAAGAUGAAUGGUAAUGACCAGUUCGAAAGGGAGGCGUGGAGCUUCAAACAUGACCGCCGUAAUGUCGAGCGCAGAAUUUCCGAAGCACAAGAAGGAUCUGGAAUCAGAAAGAUCACCACAAGCGAUAUAGCAAGGCUUAUGGAGUUAUUCCAGAGUUCACUUCUGAAAUAUUGGGAGUUUGAGCCCUGUGCCGAAGGUUGCAAGAGAAAAAAUCACGACUCUGAUAGUACUCCGCCUGAAAGGACUCGCUCCGAGAAGACUGCUUCGAAGAGUAGAUGGAGUUUCCGGAGACAACCAAAGCCUCGGACCUCUCAGCCUGAGGAGCAUUCAGAUAGAGUCAAAGAAAAACCAAACCCCCCUCCGAAGAAAAUGCCGGUUCGUAGUUCUUCCAUAGUUUCGAUUAUCGUUAGUGAUAGCGUAUCCAGGUCAUCUUUUUUGAUGAAGCACACAAACUGCAUGUAUCGUCACUCUCGCCAUCUGAUCUCCGCUAAGCCUUUUUUCAGACCAGCUUUGAUACAGUCAACAGAUGCGAUGAAGUGUCUGCUCGAUUCAAUGCUCGUGCUGACGAAACAAGAUCGACUUUGCCAUGUUAUACACGCGACUAGUGAUCCCUUUUAUCAAACAUGGCUUCGACAAUUGAACGUCAUGCAACAUUGCAAAAUAAUCACUAUCGGUGAUUGCAGCAAGUCUGAGACUAAGAGGUUCUUCCGAGAGCGGAUGCUUCCCCGUGUUCCUGGUUAUCUGCGAACUGGACUGGAUUUCGAGUCUUUAUAUGAGGCUUUUGGAGGCAAAUUUGCACAUUGGCAAGACUAUAUCACUGAUUACGUCAACGCGAAUGGCUAUAUGACAAUUAAACAAAGCUCUCAUUUCCUACAAGCGCACGCGCUCCUCAACUUGCAUAUCAUUCACUCCUCUCAGUCGUCUUCUUUGAGUCAUGAUAACGAACGAGGGGAUGCAAUUGGUGACAAGCACAAUAGCAUUCCGAGUGCUGAUAGCAUCCACCCAGGACUUGGUGCCGCCGGUUUCAAGAUUUAUUCACCAAUCACGAACCCAGCCAGCCCAUCAUCACCUAUCACCCCGAAUCCCACCAGUCCAGCCUUCUUCGUUCCAGAAUUCACUGCAAUGGAACUGCUCAAGGUCAUGAGCAGGCUUGCGAAACCUGGCGCUACAUCCCUGUCAUACUUUAUGUUAUGUCGAGAGUUGGGCGUCAGGGCUGUGGAUGGGAUGGUCAACGGUCGGGUUUUGGACCUUCGCUGGACAGAACCGGUGACGAAUGAGCAUAGCGAUGGGAGAGUGACCCGACCUGUGAGUACUGUGACAGGCCACGGUCCGGGGCAUGGACAGGAUGGUAGCACUACUGUGGUGGACGCUCCCAUAGGAACAAUCGGUACUACCGCUUCGACGGAGGAGGGCGAUAUGGUGGCAGUCUCAGAGCAGGAGCGCGAUUAUAUGGCCAAUAGGUAUUGGGAUACAGGCCCCGAUGAGGUUGUAGGACCUGUACUCAUACCAACGACACCGAUUAUGCGUUUUGCUAUGUCGGAAGUAGUGGCAGAGUACGAAGAUACUGGCUCGGUGUCCGAAUAUGCCUCGAUGACGGACAUUGAUGAGUAUUAACGCCAGUGAACGGUAUGUAUAAUCUUCUUGUAACUACUUAAUAUCUGUCAUGAUUCUACUCAUUUGCGUGGGUUUAUUCGUUACAAUAGAG